AUGCGAUCUUCAUUUGCUUUCAUUGCAUACCUCCUGACCAUUGCGGAGUCUUUGUCUCUUCCGCCUCUCAUUCCAUUGAUUCCCGGAAGUCCUCCCUUCACUCCCAGUGAUAUCAAGCCCAAGAAAAUUGGCUACUUCUGGACCGGAUCUGCGGACAAGGAGCACAAGGACUUUCUCGCGACUUAUAGCUUGGAUGAUGAUACAUUUGGUACCCUCCUAUGGGUAACUGAUGUGCCUUCUAGUGGCAACGACCCUCACCAUUUAGGUCCUUCUCUCGAUGGAAAGACCUUGUUUGGUGGUGGAUUGCUAUCAUUAUUGAAGACACAGGACACCGGCUUUUAUUUUGAUACCUCGGACCCCUACCGCCCAAAGUUUCUGAAAAGUAAUCGUGCUCUCCUCUCUUCAAUUGCUGACGAGGUCCGCGCAAAGCCAGAUGGUGGCUUCUUCAUUACAUACAUGGGAUCCGCAGUGGGCACUUCCCCCGGCCGUCUUAUCGAGACAGACGCAAAUUUUGACAUUAUUCACGAGUGGCCAGAAGAUGUAGAGGGUACUCUUAAUAUCCUGGGAGAGCAAUUUUCUCCUCAUGGUCUGAGCAUUGACUGGAAGAACAAGCUCAUUCUGACUUCUGACUUCGUGGAGCCAAUCACCAUCCUCAAGCCUAGUUUGGGUGUGCGCCAUGCCAAUACUCUGCGCCUCUGGGAUCUCGACAGUCGCAAGAUAAUCAACACUCUGACUAUCCCUGACGGUGGUGGUAUCCAAGAUGUCAAGUUCAUUCCCGGUCACCCUGAAGCUGCUGCCAUUGCUACCGCUGUGCACCUUGGUCAAGUUUGGGUCAUCUACCCGCUUCGAAAAGAUGCGAAUGGCAAGCAAGGCGUCAUUGAAGAGCUUUAUGAUUUAGGACCUAAGGCCCGUGACGUUGUUGCUAUCUAUACCGAUAUCAGCCAAGAUGGCCGCUUCUUGUACCUGACACUAACUACCGCAAACCACAUUGCCGCACUUGAUAUCAGUGACCUGAGCAACGUCAAGCGUCUAGAUGACCCGGAUGAGGAUCAACCUACCGUUGGACCCCACUAUAUUAAAGUGACUCCUGAUCAAAAGCACCUGGUCGUCACCGAUUACUUCGUUCAGACCGGCGAGAUCGGUAUCAUCAACACCCCGGCCGAUUUCAAAGCCCUUUACAUCGACCUGAAUGAAGACGGUAGCUUGAGCUUCGACAGGUAUAUUGAUUUUAGCAAGGAAUUUGCUAAUCGUGGCGGCGCAAAACCUCACUCCAGUGUCGUCUUUGAUUUGACCGAUCCGGAAAACCCCUACUACUACUAG